GGGGUUACCAGGCACUCAGUAUCAUUGCACAACUCCAAGGAGACUUCUCAUUCUCGUGUAAAAGACUUUGACUCCCCUAUUCGUCGAGAAAACCCACUGCGCCCUAUUUAUCGCAAUUUACCCCGUCCCCAGCCAACAAACCCCCUGAUUGAGAGACAGUCCUCAUCGAGUCCCACCUACUCAGAUGAGGAUGACUCUCCCUUCAUGUCCCCUGAGAGACAAAGCGGUGGGACUACUGUUACUCAUUCCAGCCUAUCUGAAGAUGCAGACCCAACCUGUUCAGAGUUUUUCUCCAGGGGGAUGAAAAGGACUCAGUCACGCCUUGACACUAUCCUGCCAAGCAUUUGGAGGGAAGAUGCUGAACUUCAAGCAGAACUUGUGGCUGCUGCUAAGAAAUCCCCUAUGCAUCUGUUUUCUGACAGAGAUAUCAAGCGUGACAGAGUCUAAUGAGUCCAAGAAAGAGACUUCAUUUGAGGGAGAGAAGGUAGAGAAAGGAGAUGGAGAGAGAUGGGGAAACUUUUUGCUUCCAAACAGAGGCAUGCGCCGCUCCCAGUCACUGAUCACAGAGUUGGGUUCAGCAACUCAUUCAUGGGGAUCAGAGAAACCCAGCAGCAGGACAGGAGCUGAGGAGGACAAUUCAGUCACAAAAGAAACAUUCCAGGGAGAUCUUUUCCUCACAGAGAUAGACACAGGAAGAAUGGAUUCAGGUACAGAAGGAGGAUCAGAGCAUGAUCCAGUAAAAUACCUGUAUCCAGCAGGAUCCAGAUUGCGGCCCUAUGUCUGUGCCCCAGGCCUUCCCUCAUACACUGAGGCUGAAGAAGCCUAUUCAAAGGGUAUAAGGAGAUCCCGCUCUCUCCUCUCUGAGAUAACAAUUGGCAAGCAGGAGUCAGAACUGCAGCAGCCUGAGAAGGAGCCUCAGAGAACAGAAAUGACCAGGGAGGAGUUCCUAAAGGAGAUCCAAUCAGCAGAGACCUUCCUGACUGAAAUCAUAUCUAGACAAAAGGCAGCUGCAGACAAAAAAGAAGCAGACCCUUCUUACUCCCCUACUCCACUGUCUCCUGAAUAUGAGUCCAUAUGCAUUGAUCCAAACUCUGCUCAGACCAUCAGAUUUCAGUCAGAGAGCGCCAUACGAGCAUCCAGCAAAGGAAAAGAUGAUACUCAAACUGAGGCAAUCUACGCCCAAGUGACAAAGCGAGCUAAAAAGAGUGAGAUUAAAGUUUCCAUGAGACCUGGGAUCCCAAUCCUUCACAUAGGAUCUAACAAACAACCUCUCGAAAAUGACAGCAAUGGUGACCUCUGCCAAUCUGACGAGUUUGUGUUUUCAGAAAUCAUGCCCAAAAAUGGUCUCCUACACAACCAAACACUAGGUUGUCAAAAAGAUGAGGAGGAGUGUGCAGAUGGCCCUGCUUUACCUUCCAGGGGAGAGCAUACAGAUCUUUUAGAGCGGUCAAUUUCUGAGUCAACAGAGAAUAUUAAAGAAUCUAACACAAAUAAAAGAGAUACUCUAAAGGCUGCCGUUAUAGGGAAUGGUGACAUAAUGAAGGAAGAACUACAGCCCAGCAGCCCUGACAGAGAAACAUGUGGAAUGACCAAUACCAUGUCGAAUGACAAUGACAAGGAAAAGCACCAUAAUGAUAACAUUUCUGUAGUUGACUCUAAUCACAUCACAGCAGCUAAUGACUUGCAGAACGCCAAAAGAGACAAUUUGUUUCAACACAAUGAUGCAAGUCAGGAAGAACAACGUCACGUUGCUCAAACGUCAUCUACUCCUGCCGCCACUCCAACCACUCCAGACUGGGACCCAUCCACUGAUGUCUCACUUACCACCCCAACUGACUCAGUGCUGUCACCUAUGACCUCCAGCUCAGCCGACUGCCUCACACCCAGUGACUCAUGGGCGGGUACCGGAGGAGGAGGAGGAGGAGCUGGGAAUAGCAGUUGGCGAGCUCUGGGAAAUGAAACACCACAUCGGGACUCUGCCUAUUUCUCAGAUAGUGACUGGGAGAGCGAUGGGAUGAACAGGAGGAGCAGUGAUGGACUGGUUGCCUCCAGACCAAGCAGUGGUCGAGGAGGGGAUCGGGGAACACUAACAGGGAUAGAGGAAAAAACAGAGGAGGAAGGGGAGAUAGGUCACAAGAGCCCCUUAAGAAACAGCAUACAGACUUUGGAUAAGAGAAGAGAAACUGUAGAAAAGACGACUAUUGAGAUGUGUGACGAAAGGAGUACUCUGAAUCAAGAUGCUCCCGAAAUUGCCAUCUCUCAUUUCAGUAAAGAAAAAGAUAUUCUUAACAAAGGGUUGGAGUCAACACAAAGAGACGAUUCUGGCAUUUUUCAAAAUGAGAGCAUAAAUUCAACAAUGUUUGGUGAUGAUUUGCAGGUCGAGAACUGCGUUGACUUCAUUGAUCAGUUGUUUUCAGAUUUAGAUGAUGAAAAAGGGCUGCGAAACUGUGGUGGGUAUCCGAUUGACAACCACCUCAGAGACGGUAUUAUCUCUCAAAUAGCAGAUUGCAAAUAUCAGGACUGUAAAGAAAAUGAUGUAAACCUUCAUUCUAAGAGCAUGGCUGAGACAAAUAUAUUGAUUGAGUCUCUUUCUGGCAGCCAGUCAAAGGAAUGCAUGUUAAGGCAGAUAAACAAUGAUUACACAGGUGUUACAAAGACUGAUAUCAAUCUCUCUGCAGUGGACUCCCAAAAAUUUGGAAAUGACUCUGUGGAAUUUGUGAUAACAUCCCAAGUUGACGACAAAGACUCAAGACUAUCUAAACUGCAUGGCAUUAAGAAAGGUGACACCAGUCAGUUGAAAGUGGAGCCAUGUGAUGAUGGGAGGUCCAUCUAUGAAAAAGAGAUGAUAGGUUCUUCUUGGGAUGUGGAGGUUGUUGAAGAGCUGGAAGGACAUAAAACGAGUCCCCGUCUAGACCAUAAUGAGCUGGGCCUGAGAAACCUGCAUUGCUCUGACGGCAGCGAAGAAAAACAGGUCACGACAGAGACCGAUAAACAGCUAGCUGCGGCAGAGCUUUGUAAUGCUAUGAAGGAAAAGUCACCCCUCAAAGGAGCAGUACAUCUGAGGGAGCCUUCUAACAAUACGGAUGAAGACCCUUGUGUGGGCCUAGAAGUAAAGACUAAAGAGUUAUGGAGUGUCCUGGGGGAGGAUGAGGAACGUACAGAAUCUAGUGUUGUGAAAGGAGAGUUUGACUGCCAGCGUUUUACUGAGUCAAGGGACUUGCGUUUGUGGCCUGAUGAAAAUGACCAGUGGGCCACUCCAGAGAGGAGGAGCCAGGACGCUGAACUUAGAUCAGAGUUUUUCUCUGGGCUCAGUAACAAGGCCUGGGAGGUUGGGGAGAGGCUUGUUGUGGGUCAGGAGUUUUGGGAGACUGAAGAAAAUGACGAACUUGCAGGAAGUGAACCUCACCCUGCCAUCUUGGAGGGCUGUGAAGAAACCUGGAACGAUGAAACCCAAGGACUUGCUUGUAACGUUGCUAUGAAGGAAAAGUGGGAGUCUGAAGAAGACGAGGACCAGCUCAUUGUCCAAGCAGUUGACAUACAGCAGGAGGAAAAUAUUGAGAGCUUUGGAGAAACUGGCAUCUUCGACAAAGAACUGAGAGGAGAUAUUGAAGUAGAGAAUAUAGAAAUCCCAGAGAAGGAGUACAAAGAGAGAUCCACUGUGUCAUGCAUAGAGGCAGUCAGUGAAGGGGAAGGUCUGCUGGACUCCACAGAGACAGAGAAGAAUCACAAUUUUAACAGAUGGCCUCAGAAUCCCCUCUGCAACAUGCAUAAAGAGGGGCAGGCACUAGCUGAGGAUGCUGACGAAGACGCAAGAUCACAUUUUGAGAACCACCUCAGUCAGAAUAAAACAAAUAUAUCCAUAUGCAUUAGCGAAGCUCCUGAUGUGAACUUUUCAGACGAGGAAAAUGUUGAGUCAGGCUUAGAUUCAGAGGCUGAAAUUAGACCAUGGCUUGCCGAGGAGAACAUAGAAGAUGAAGUAAGCAUUAGGAAUGUAGAGGAGGAUUACAGAGAAAUGCCUGUUCCCUCCAAUCCAAUCUCUUGCCCCAGUGACCUUGAUAUGCAGGAGGUAGGUCAGUCAGAUCCACAGGUAGACAAUUUUAGCUCUGUGGAUUUUCCUAGUCCUCCACCAAGCAUAGACCUCGACGUGCAGGAUGAUAAAUUGGAGAGUUUAGAUGACUCUUUUCCUAGUCCACCCCCAUCUGUUGUAGAGUCAGAGGAGUUUAUUAGUCCCAUUAAUCUAGAAGACUUUAGUACCGAGACCGAGCCAUUUAUUUCUCCGUCUCACACCACUGGUGUCUCAGAUCCACCUGCUACUACUCAGAGUGUAGGGAUCUCAGCCAAUCUCAACCUUCCCUCUGUGCAUGUAACACUGGUCGAUGAUAGCAACCUUGCACCAAACACAGAGAGGCAGGAUGGACAAAAUAAUCUAACCCAGGAAACCACCAACUCAUCUUCAGCUCAAGUUCCCCUCAACACUCUGCCAGAAUUACUAAUUUCUGAGUGGAAAGAUAUAGAUGAGGAGCCCCUGGAGGAUUUUGAAAAACUGGAAAAACUUUGCUGUAUAUCUGGGGAUGAGGAAGACUCUCUGGGUGACCUUUUUCUGGGGAACCUGGAGUUUCUGGAAUCUUUAAAGAAAACACCUGAUCAAAAAGCAUGCACUGUUGGUGAUAGUGAUGCAUCUGAAGGGAAAUGUGGCCCCUUGGCUCCUGAAGGGAACGAUGUGAAAUUGAGAGAGGGCAGGAUUUCUGAACAAUCAGACGACCUGGUAGAGUUUGUGUCGGAUGUCACCCUGGACUCUCAGGACAAACUGUCCCUUCAAGACGAGAGGAAUGUUGGGCAGAGAUCCCCAGGACAAGCAUUGGAUGUAAAAGACCAGGGAUCUCUCUCUAAGUUGACAACAAAGAAUGGCCUUAUGAUGCAGGUGUGUGAGGAGAGGCUGCAGUUUUCCCUCAGUGAAAAUGUGAAAACAAAUGUGCUUUGGGGGGCAACUGUUAAAGACACAGUGACGCUUCGGCCCUGGGGAGAGCAGAUCACAGAGAACAGCAAUACUCUGGUCACUGAGGAAAAACAGAAAGAGGAAGCAGGCCUUGAGGUGCUGGAAAGUUCACCAAGCAUUCAGACAGAGACCGAUGAAACUAAAGAUGAACCUUUCACUGUGAUUGAACAACCUGAGGUCACAACCCCUCAGCCUACUGCAAACCAGGCCAUGAAAGCAAAACUAGCUCGCCUGUCUCUCGCUCUUCCUCCUCUUGCUCUGACUCUUCCCCUCACCCAAACCGGUAAACGGGGAUAUGUGGACGGAGCAAUUGGAAAUCGAAUUGGAAGACGGAGAGGUCUGUCCUCGGGAAGCGACCCUGACGAGGAGGAGGAGGAUGAGCAGGAGGACGAAAGCUCCCGCAGGGUGAUUGUUGUCACGGAAACAGACGUGGACAAACGUGUCGGACUGAGGAGUCUGCUGAAGUCCCCCAAGGAGCCGAUGGACAGAGAGAAGGACAGAGGAAGAAAUGUGUCCUUUUUUGAUGAUGUUACGAUAUAUCUUUUUGAUCAGGAAACUCCAACCAAUGAGUUGAGCUCUUCAGCGCCCACUAGUCCAGCCCCAGUGACGGUCAAAAGCAACAAGCUGGAUUUGCGUGGACCAAACUCCAAGAGCAGAGAUUCAAAGAGAAAAGAGGAGUUAUCAAUCAAACCAAGGUCGCCUGUGGGGGCUAAUCCAGUGACAUCAUCGCGGUUCACGGUCAGCCCUGCCAACGACCCCCACUUGGUGUGAUGUCAUAACUUUUCGUGGGAAUCUUUAGAGUCAAACCCUCUUGGACUGGCCAGUAAAUUAACCCAAACAACCAGCCAUUCACCCAGAGGCUAUUUUUUUAUUGAAGAGGCAACUGAAGAAUGAGACUCCCGAUAUAAAAGCUGGACACAUUCCAGAUUUUACCAGCGUCAGGACUUUGUAUGACAGGGGUUGUUGUGCUCCUGCCUGCCACUAUUUACAGAGUUUAUUCAAAGCCUUCGGCUACAAAAGUCUUUUGGAAAAGGCAGCAUAUGUCAGGAGAAGAGGAGCCUGGAGCUUUGUAAAAUCUGAAACAGAUUUGACAGCUAUGCAGUGGGAGUCUUGCUGUGUACCAGCUUACCUUCUCUUUUUCUGCUUCAUUUUGUUGUUUUGUUCCCCAGAUGAGCGGAGAAUGCACUUUGGUUAGUCAUUCGUCAGUCUAUGUAAACUCUUGGAUUCCAGUCCUCUCUUUAUAAAAGUUUUUCAUUGCAAUCAGUCAGUUGUUGUUGUAGGCAACAGUUUGGAACAAAAAUCACUUGACUCUUGUAUUUGAGAAUACUCAUUUGCAUUUGUACAAAUAUCAUAACACAGAUGUAUACAAUAUCAUUUUAGAGCUGUUUACUUUUAGAUGUAUUCUUAGACUGCACGAACUAUGAAACAAGCUAUGCUUCGAUAUGUUUAUAAUUCUAAAGAAUUCUCUUAAGUUAUACCUAUUAAUUUAUAAUUCCAUAAUGUUUUAUUUAUUUAUGUAAAGCCAGUUUCCAUGCAGUAUUUUUUAUUUGAUGAUCUAUUGACUUGUUUAUAAUUUUAUUUUAUUUAUUUGCUUUUCUCUGGGUAACAUACGGUCUAUAAACUUAGCUAUAAUUUGUCCUUGUUUGGGACAGAAAGCGUCUAGGUUAUACCUUCUCUAAGAUCUUCAUAACAGAUAAAUCAAAUAUUUUCCCAAGCGUAUUAAUUGCUAAAAAAAAGAGAAGGUAUUUUGUAUAAUUUUACUUGUUAAUAUAUGCCCAUCUGUAUGAAACUACGUCCUGUAAUGUGUCAUUUUUUGCAAUGUCUAAGAAUUUAGCUGUCUUGUCAUUUUUUUCCCUUGUUUAAUGACAGUUAAUGUAGCUUAGCAUGAAAAAUCAAUGCCUUUCAUCAGUAAAUAAGUCCAUCUGUUUGUGUAUCUGUUAAUUUACUCCAUUUUCUACUAAUAACAGUCCAUUAUGCAGUUCAGGUCCAACUAGUCAAUUUGUUUAGUCUGUUUAAAUGUUGGUUUAAAACCUGUAUUGUUUAAACAUGGUUUUCAAGGGAACAAUGUAUAAACGAGGGGAAAUAAAAACUUAAAAAUAU